UUUUUUUAAAUAGUGACCUUGUUUUGUUUGUUUGAUAUGUUGGUACUCUUGACUUGACUGUCAGAUUGUUUAAAACGCCGGAAGUUGGGUUUGUUUUAUCUCAACAUCAUCAAUUUUCGAAUUAAAAUAUAAAUAAAAACUCUCCUGAUAAUGACGUCGACAUCGCCGUCCUUUGUUUUAAAGAAAAAUCUGUCUUCAGUUCGUAAGAAAAUGGCAGGUUCCAAAUUUGAAUUAACUGAAGAGCAGAAGAACGAUAUUAAAGAGGCAUUUGACUUGUUUGAUAACGAAGGGGCAGGGAAGAUCGACGCUAAAGACCUUAAGGUAGCGAUCAGAGCGUUGGGAUUUGAACCAAAGAAGGAAGAAAUAAAGAAAAUGAUUGCCGAUAUUGAUACACACGGUACUGGGAAACUAUCGUUUGAUGAUUUCUUGCAAUUGAUGACAGUGAAAAUGGCCGAAAAAGAUUCUAAAGAGGAAAUUAUGAAGGCGUUUCGAUUGUUUGAUGAUGAUGACACUGGGAAAAUCAGUUUUAAGAAUCUAAAAAGAGUGGCCAAGGAACUGGGGGAGAACUUAACAGAUGAAGAACUGCAAGAAAUGAUUGAUGAGGCAGACAGGGAUGGAGAUGGGGAAAUCAACCAGGAGGAAUUUUUACGAAUUAUGAAAAAAACUAGUUUGUAUUAAUUUUCCGAAGACAUCUAUCACAAAUGUUUGGAAGUCUAGUCACUAUUGCACGAGUUGUCAGUAUUGCAAAAGAAUAAUUAUGUGUUGCAUGGCUGCUUUAUUAAAUUUUGAUAACACAACAUAUAAAAAUAUAAAAAAAUAUAUUUUUUAAAUAACAUUCCUUCAAAUAAAUCACUGGAUAAA